CAUAGCUCAUAGAGAAAGGAAAAAAGGCAAUAUAGAUAAUUGACAAGGAAGCACAGAUAUCCUCCACAACCAUAACCUUUGUCUUGCAAACUCUGAAAACAAUUUCAGCUUUCUUUUUACCUCUCCAUCAAGCCAAUGGCAGAUAUUGUCCUCUCUGGCAUUGCCGAGGAGAUUAUUGGGAGGUUAGCUUCUGCAGCUGUGCAAGAAAUCGGAUUGCUAUGGAGCGUAAAGGAUGAGCUUUCGGAACUUGAAGAAACCAUGUCAACAACAAAAGCUGUACUUCUUGAUGCAGAGGAGAUGCAGACCCAUAACCAUCAGGUCAGAACUUGGCUCAAGAGGCUUGAAGAUGCUGUUUGUGAAGCUGAUGACUUGAUGGAUGAGUUCAAUACUGAAGCAGCUUUGCAACAACAAGGAAUGCUUGGAAAUGAAAUGACCAAGCAGGUAUGUACUUUCUUCUCAGCCUCAAACCAAGUUGCUUUUCGACACAAGUUGGGUCACAAAAUAAUAGCUAUUAAGGAAAAGCUAACUGCCAUUAGGGAUGAUAGAAAUUUCCAUUUGGAGGAGAGACAUGAAGAGACUAGAGUUGUGACUAGAGGGACGGGGCCUACUCACUCUUAUGUGCCUGAAGAGGAAGUUAUAGGGAGGUAUAGAGACAGAAUGGCGAUCAUGGAAUAUUUGAUGGAUGCCGAAAUUGAAGAGAAUGUAGGGGUAAUUCCUAUAGUUGGUACUGGAGGGCUAGGAAAAACUACACUUGCUCAGGUAGUGUUUAAUGAUGAGAAGGUUGAAAAGCAUUUUGAUUUGAGAAUGUGGGUGUAUGUAUGUAAAAGUUUCAAUAUAAAAUUACUUGUUGAGAAAAUCAUCAAGUCUGCAACUAAUAAGGGCUUGGAAAACUUGGAGAUGGAUCAAUUGCAAAAGGUGCUUCAAAAAGAAAUAAGUGGAAAAAGAUAUCUCCUUAUACUAGAUGAUGUAUGGAAUGAAAACCGUGAAAUAUGGCUAAGUCUGAAAAUUUUAUUAUCAAAUUGUGGAAAGGGGAGUAGAAUAAUUAUAACUACUCGUAGUCUUGUGGUUGGAGAGAUUACAAGUAGCAUGAAGCCAUAUAUUUUGGGGAGAUUAAAUCAAGAUGAAUCGUGGGCUCUAUUUAAAAAGGUGGCUUUUAAUUAUGGAGAAGAGCCAAAAAAUUACAAUAUCUCAGUAAUUGGGAAGGAAAUUAUUGAAAAAUGUGGGGGUUUUCCUCUUGCCAUAAGGACAAUAGGAAGGAUGUUGUAUUUUAAAAAUCCAGAAGCAGAAUGGUCUUCCUUCCUCAAAAUGGAAUUUUCAAAAAUCCCUCAAGAAGGAAAUUAUAUUUUACCAACCCUUAAACUUAGUUAUGAUAAUCUCCCGGCAGAUUUGAAACGUUGUUUUGCCUUUUGUAAACUCUUUCCAAAGGGUCAUCAAAUCGAUAUAAAGUUGCUAAUAAAUCUUUGGAUGGCACUAGGAUUUAUUAAGAUAUCAGAUUCAACUAAGUCUUUGGUAGAGGUGGGCAAUGAGUACUUUAUGGAUUUACUUUGGAGAUCAUUCUUUCAAGAAUUAGAAGAAGAUGAUGAAGGUAAUAAAACAUGCAAAAUGCAUGCCCUCAUGCAUGAUCUUGCAACACAAGUGGGAGGAGCAAGGUAUGCUGUUCUGGAAACAAAUAAAAAAAGUAAUUUCAACCAAGCCACCCAUCAUGUUUCUUUUGAUUUUCAUUUAGAUUCAUCAGAGAAAGUUCCAACUACAUUGCUCGAAGCAAACAAGAUUCGAACAAUUCUUUUGCUUCGUCAAUCAUCGCGUAAAAUUCGAGGAAGACGUGGUCAAUCAGUCUGCGAUGUAAUUGUAUCAAGUUUUAAGUCUGUACGCUUGUUGGAUCUUCACAAUUUGGGGAUUAAGAUAGUGCCAACUUGUAUAGGUAAGUUGAAGCAUCUAAGGUAUCUUGACCUAUCCGAAAAUGAAGACAUCAAGAUGUUGCCGGAUUCAAUUACAUUGCUUUAUAAUUUGCAAACGUUGAAACUCUCAUAUUGCACGAAGCUCCAAGAAUUACCAAGAGACUUGAACAAGCUAGUCAACCUUGUAAACCUUGAGAUUGAUAUGUGCUACAGUCUGACUCAUAUGCCAGGUGGACUUGGUCAACUGACUAAUCUUCAGACAUUAUCACGGUUCGUAUUGAAGGAAGGCACAAGCCGUACUACUAUUAAGUCCAAGCGCAGUUGUAAUCAUGAGGUGGGUGAGCUAAGUGACUUGAUGGGACUAAACAAUAUUAGAGGAAAGUUGAGUAUUAUCAACUUAGGAAAUGGGGAUCAAGAUAGUAAGACUGCAAAUUUAAAGGAUAAACAACAUCUUUGCAGUUUAUCUCUAUGUUGGCAUGUGGAUUAUGAUUAUGGUAAAUUGUACUGGGAUUUAGUUGAUGGUCAUGUAAAUGUAAAUGAUGAUUUACUUUUACCAAGUUAUUUAAAGGAUGUGGAGUACGAAGCAACACUGGAAGGCCUCGAGCCUCACCCAAAUUUGAAGGGAUUGUGUUUAGAAUACUACGAGGGUGUGGAAUUUCCAAGUUGGCUUCCAUCGCAUGCGAAUCUUGAAUGUUUGUUCCUUAAAAAUAGUCUAAAAUGCCAGUAUUUGCCGCCAUUAAAUGGAUUGGUUUCUCUCAAAGUACUGAAUCUAGAAGGAGUGCUUGGUCUGGAGUACAUUUCAGAUGCCUCCCCUGCGUCAUCUACAACGUCAGUUUUACUGCCGGCGUUGGAAAUUUUAGAAUUUAUCAGAUUGCCCAAUCUAAAGGGAUGGUGGAGAAGGACGGAUAUUAAUGAUUGCAAAGAUGGCAUCUCAAUGAAUGAUCACGUCUCACUUUCAUUUCCACGUCUUCAUCGAUUUAUUAUUAUUGGGUGUCCCAAGUUGAGCUUUUUGCCUAUGUCCCCAAACAUAAAAAAUUUACUGGUGCAGAACAAUAUAUGGAAGCCAUUCCAGCUGGCAGUACUGACGGCAUCCACAUUCUCCAACUUGAGUCUUCUUGCUCUUUUCAAAAUUGAAGAUUUACAGUCUCUUCCAGAAUGGCUCAAAUACCUCACUUGUCUCCGAAAUUUAGGUAUCAUAAGCUGCAAUAACUUGAUGUCUUUGUCUCCUGGCAUUCAACAGCUUGCUUCAUUACUUGAAGGUUUGAGAAUCGACGACUGCCAACAGCUUGACAUGUUUAAUGAUGUUGGUGACCUUAACUUCUGGAAAGCCCUCACAAAUUUAUGUUCACUGGAGUUGAGAUGGUCACCUCAGUUGAAGACUCACCUCCCUCAAGGGAUUCAAUAUCUUACGAGCUUGCAAGAACUUAAGAUUGAGUACUGCAGCAAUUUGAUUAGCAUUGAUUCAGAGUGGAUAACCAACCUCAAAUCUCUCAAUGCACUCACGAUUCGUGCUUGCCCAAAUUUAACAUCGUUGCCCCAAGGAAUACGUCACCUCACCUCUUUACACACACUGGAGAUUGUAGAUUGUCCGAUCUUAUUCAAAGCAUGUCAAACUGAUGUAGGCGAGCAUUGGCCUAAGGUUGCUCAAGUCCCUAAUUUCAUCUUGAAAUCAACCGCAACUUCAGAUGAUGAUGAUUCCCAAACCACCUCUACUUUUCUAGGGUGCAAUUGGAACGUGUUUAACAAGAUCCGGAUACCACAGUUUUCCAACAAAAGAACUUAAUAAUGAAUCUGAUGAUCAGUUUAUGUAGCAACUACUGAAAAGUCUACGGAUGCUCCAUUUGGGAAAUAAAUUACCUCAGAUGAAGACUCUUCCUGAGGGGCUUCAACAUGUUACCAGCUUGCAGUCAAAAAAAUGUGAAAAUUUGAUUGGCAUUCCAGAAUGGAUAAGUAACCUCAAAUCCCUCUUUCCACUCCAUUCUAGAAGGUGCUGAAGUUUGAUAACACUGCCCAAGGAAUAAGUCAGCUUACCUGUUUACACCAAUUGAAGAUCAAAGAUUGUCCCAUCUUAUUCGAAAGAUGCCAAAGAGAAAUAGGAAGCAUGGUAUGAUGCUGCAGAGUACAUGGUGAUCGAAUGUGACUGCUAUAUAUGGUGGAUAGAGCGAUGGCCGAUUGAAUCUGUGUAGUAGAUUCAAUUCAAAGUCAUUAACGAAGCAAGUUAAUUUUCAUUUUUUAAGCUGUCAUUUGGUUGGACUGGCUAAUUUGUCCUUCUUCUCGUAUGCUCAAAUAAGUUUCAUAUUAUUCUACUCCUGCAGACUAGAUGGUAAAAGAGUAGCUGAGUGCUGUUACGAUUGGAAAAUGGAUAAUGGGAUCUUAUCAUAAGGUUGUCCCAUCUUAUUCAAAAGAUUCCAAAGAGAAAUAGGUGAGUAUUUUUCUAAAGGUGCUCAAAUCCCAGAGUUAAUCUUGAAAUCAACUACUUUAAAUGUUGAUUCUCAAUCCUCUUACUUUCUAGCGCAGGUUGUAAUUGGAAAUUAUUUAACAAGUUUCGUAUAUCACAAUUUUUGUAAGAAAGGAAUGUCAUAGUG